UAUUGAGAGAUAGGGUGUAGUUUAUUUAGAUGAUAAGACUGGAAUAACGCUAUUCCAGUUUUUGGCCUCUCACCCUCCACCACGACAGAAUCUCGGAAAUAUCGGACGGACAUCAAACAGCUGCCCGGCGGACUCGCUUGCCGUGGGAUCUUCUGACGUGUCGAUUCUUCAGCCGUCGGUUCGGUUCCUUCGUCCCCAUCUCCACUUCUUUUAGCUGGUAUCUCUCUGCUUCCCCAUCCUCUGCCAUCCCCGAUUCACUCGUCGGUAGCGGUGCUCGAUACGAUAUUCCCACCUUCACGUAUCGAUAUCUGGAUUUCUUUUUCUGCCUUUGAACUGGUGGGAAGAGUGGUCUUAGGGUUCUUUUGCGGGGAGCUCUGGUCGGGCGUCAUGGGAUCGGAGGACAAGUCGAAGAAGUCAUUAGAAAGGUCUAUGAAAGAACUAAAAAUAGGAGUGGCUUCUAAAGGGAGUGAUGAAAAUAUGCAUGGACCAAAAGAUGGGAGCUCAUUUGAUGCAAUGUCGUGCAUCUCAUCUGGGGACGCAACUAGCAGCAUCAAAGGGAGUGAGGUGGAUCAAGAGGCUCCCAUGGCCGAUCAAAUUAUGUAUUAUCCUUUGAAUGGAUUCUAUGGCUACUAUUACCCAGGAUUUGAUGGCUCAAUGGGUGAUUGGGAUAACAAUGGGUACUUUUUUGGAACUGAUGGAUCAGAAAUUCAACAUUCAGCCACUGAGCCAGAAAAUGAAUCAUUGGUAUACUACUUUCCUGGAUUUCAUGCUGGAUAUUCUUUUUAUAGUCCAGUGUCUCCAGUUGUUGGUGGUGAUGGACAAUAUUUUACUCAACAUCUCUAUCAACCGAGCCCUAUAUUUCAUCAGCCUCUGGUUUCUUCAGGCUAUAUUGCUCAGUCGGUUGCUUAUCCACCAGAACAUUUUCCAGCGUAUGUAUGGGAUUCUGGUAGAGAUCCAACAACACCUUACCCAAAUCCUAGUUAUUCGUCUCAGAAUCAUGCAGUAAUUCCUCCUAAGGCUUCAGUAAGCCCACUAUCUGCUGCUUUAAGCAAGCAAGGAGCAGCUGCUGCAUUGGAUGCAUCACGGAAUUCUGCUAUGCAGAACCAGACUCUUAAGCCCAAGGGAAAUAAUGAAGUCUCCAAAGGUUAUGCCCAGGCAAACAAUUUUAAUUCAUAUCCUAGCCCGGAGAAAAAUAGUUUGCUUAUUCCAAAUAUGACUAGCAAUGCCAAGACAACUAAUAAAGCAUGGAUUGGGUCUGAAAAGCAGAUAAAAACAAAUCAAACUCCUGGGACUGCUGAUUUUGAUAUGCUAAAUGAACAGAACCGUGGCCCGAGAACUACUGGCAGCCAGGGUGCUUGGAUUUCUGGUUAUGAUUCAACCGCUGGUUCUGAGGUUAAUGACAGCAAUGGCACACUGGUGGCCUCUAUAAAAAAGGAAGACUACAACCUCCCAGAUUUCACCACAAACUAUGAUCAAGCUAUCUUUUUUGUUAUAAAAUCCUACAGUGAAGAUGAUAUUCAUAAGAGCAUAAAGUAUAAUGUCUGGGCGAGCACUCCAAAUGGAAACAAGAGACUCGAGAAUGCAUAUCAAGCUGCGCAGCAGAAAGCGGCUGAAAAAGGAUGCAAGUGCCCGGUUUUGUUAUUCUUUUCUGUGAAUGCAAGUGGGCAAUUCUGUGGUGUUGCAGAGAUGAUUGGUCAGGUAGAUUUUAACAAGAGCAUGAAUUUUUGGCAACAAGACAAGUGGAAUGGUUACUUUCCAGUCAAGUGGCAUAUAAUCAAAGACAUUCCAAAUGCACAAUUCCGUCAUAUAAUUUUGGAGAAUAAUGACAACAAACCUGUGACAAAUAGCAGAGAUACACAAGAGGUUAAAUUUCCCCAAGGCACGGAAAUGCUGAACAUCUUUAAGAACUAUUCUAUGAAGACUUCCAUAUUGGAUGACUUCAACUUUUAUGAAACCAGGCAAAAAGCAAUGCAGGACAGGAGGACCAAAACAACAAUCACAUUGAUGCCCAAAACUGAAGCAGCAGUUACAGCAGCCUCAAAGCCAUUAGAUGCCAGGAUUCCCAAGGAAUGACUGUUAUGUAUUGACCAAAUUGUGAAAAUCUCAGGUGAUUUUAACCGGCUUGGGCAAGCCUGCUUCUCUUCAGAUCCAUAUAUUAUAGCAGAUUUAAGUUUCUGUUUCUUUUGGUGGGGUCUUAUUCCCAUGAGUAAUGUUUUACUUCAGUGAUUGGGCUGGAGGCCCUUACCUGGGAUGGAAGGAGCUGAUGGAAUUUGACCGUUGUCCCAUUGUGUUUUCUAUAAAAAGCUCUCUUUUUUUCUUCUUUUGCGCCGUUGCCCUCUCUUCUUUUUGUUGAGGAAGGGUGUUUUUAAUUGUUUUUGCUUUUUCUUUUCUUUUUUUUUUUGGGUUAGGGGGUAAAGUGUAAUGUUUUUGUUGUGUGUAGGCUAAGCCAAUGGAAUCCAGCGCAAAGUGUUUUUCAUGUUAAUUGUGGAAAGAAAGUUGGGAAAGGAAAAAUAGUGAUGUCUUUUUAAA